CUACACAGCCCCCACCCAAAUCCCCAAUUCAUUCCCAACAAAACCUACCGCCGUCCCAUCCUCCCUAUCUUCCGAUCUUAUCAUUCCAUCAUAUUAUUAAUUUGAUAUCCCGAAAAAACAGAUGAUUCAAUUUUAGUCUCAGAAAGUUAUGGUUAUAUUUUACACAUCAGAAACUUAAUUUUAUUCCUAAUCAUCAGCCGUCACGAUGGUGCCGGAAUUCCUAAGCAGCAGCCCGCAAACAACCGCUGAGGUUUAUUGUAUCGGUCAAAUUGUCACUGAGGCAUUUUAACAAACACUUGGCAGGCAUCAUUUUUUCUUGCGAAAUUAGUGUCAUGUUAUCACUGUUUAUAGAUACAACUGACUUGAAGGAGUUGCAUUAGCUUAGCUAUAUAAGGAAGACAAUGACGAGGGGUUCUCUAAUUCCAAAUGCAGCUAACAGAAUCCGUUUUUAUAUACGUCACUACUCCACAAACAACAACAAUAACUCUAGCAUAGAUCCGUUUGUCGCCCACCACCAUUUAUCGGCUAUUGAAUCGAAAUCCCAACUCCUUAAAUCCUACACGGUAACACCUCCGAUCAAACCUUGGCCACAAAAGCUAUGGCCCAAACGCCUUGUGGCCAUGAUCACCCGCCAACAAAACCUUGACCUUGCCCUCCAAAUCUUUUACCACGCCGGAAACUACCAUUCCGGAUUUGAACAUAAUUACGAGACCUAUCAUUCCAUCAUUCACAAGCUUUCUCGUGCUCGUGCCUUUGAACCGGUUGAAACCCUUGUUUCCCGUUUGCAAAAGUCGGGCAUCAAGUGUGGUGAGAAUCUUUUUAUUGAUGUCUUACGCAGUUAUGGCCUAGCCGGCCGUCCUAAAGACUCCUUACGGAUAUUCUUGCGGAUUCAAGACUUUGGUGUCACAAAAUCUGUACGGUCUUUGAACACCCUUUUAAAUGUUUUGAUUCAGAAUAGGAAAUACAAGCUCGUUCAUGCUUUGUUUAAAUGCAGUAAAGAAAAGUUCGAUAUCGUACCAAAUGUGUUUACUUGUAACAUUCUUUUGAAAGCAUUUUGUAACAACGGUGACAUAGAAGGCGCCCUUAAGGUUUUAGAUGAAAUGCCAGCGAUGGGAAUGGUGCCAAAUCUUGUGAGUUAUACAACUGUGUUGGGAGGUUACGUUUCGAAAGGGGAUAUGGUCGGUGCAAAAGAGAUGUUUGGUCAAAUUCUUGAUAGAGGGUGGAUCCCUGAUGCGACGACUUACACGAUUUUGAUGGAUGGGUUUUGUAAGCAAGGGAGAUUCGUUGAUGCAGUGAAAGUGAUGGACGAGAUGGAGGAUAAUAAAGUUGAGCCUAAUGAUGUUACUUAUGGUGUUAUGAUUGAAGCUUUUUGUAGAGAGAAGAAGACCGGUGAAGCUUUGAAUUUGCUAGAUGAUAUGUUUGACAAGAAAUACAUGCCAACUUCGGCGCUUUGUUGUAGAUUGAUCGAUGCUUUGUGUGAAGAUGGGAAGGUCGAGGAUGCAUGUGAGCUUUGGAAGAAGCUUUUGAGGAAGAAUUGUACUCCUGAUAAUUCAAUAUCAAGUACACUUAUACACUGGCUGUGUAAAGAAGGGAAGAUUGGGCAAGCUAGGAAGCUGUUUGACGAGUUUGAAAGGAGUUCAACUCCUAGUGUAUUAACAUAUAAUACACUGAUUGCAGGGAUGUGUGAGACGGGAGAGUUGUGUGAGGCUGGUAGGUUGUGGGACGAUAUGGUGGAGAAGGGAUGUGUUCCGAAUGCAUUUACGUAUAACAUGUUAAUUAAAGGGUUUUGCAAAGGUGGUAAUGCAAAAGAAGGGAUCAAGAUUUUGGAGGAGAUGUUGGAUAAGCGGUGUUUGCCAAACAAAAGUACGUAUUCAAUUUUACUUUUGGGACUCUGUGAAUCAGGGGAUGAAGCAAAAGUAGUGAAGGUACUUGAUAUGACUCGUUCUAGUGGACACGUGAUUGAUGGAGAUGUUUGGCAGGUUCUUGUAACCAAAUUUGGUAGUUCUCUUAGUAAGAAGGGAGAUGUUAUUGUUGAAUCAGUAUCUGUAAAGGACGCCGCUUAGAUGUCGAUCCUGCAUAGUUAUAUUAUGAUAAAAAGGAGUCUAAAACAGUGUCAUUUUUGAUGUAAUAGUAGUUUCUAUGACAAUAACAAUUGGGAUUUUCGGCCUUAGGUUACUGAUUAUCCAUCCAACUGACAGUUAUAUCUAUCCAAUUGAAAGUUAGUUGAUCUAAAGCAUCUCCGGAGUUUAUGUA